AAAAAAAAAAAAAAAAAAAAACAAGACAUGAUAACGUUUAUAGGACCCCGGGAGCCGCAUUACAGAUUUCCGCGGUGGACCCUACAUCACUUAAAGAGAUGAACCUGGAUGAAGACAAUGGUCUGACCGGCAGCUGCGGCAAUGGCAAGCUGAGGCAGUGGCUGAUAGAGCAGAUUGACAGCAGGAGAUAUCCAGGCCUGGUUUGGGAAAAUGAUGAGAAAACCAUCUUUAGGAUUCCGUGGAAACAUGCAGGAAAACAAGACUACAACCGAGAGGAGGAUGCCGCUUUGUUUAAGGCAUGGGCGAUGUUUAAGGGCAAGCAUAAGGAAGGAGUUGACAAGCCAGACCCCCCCACAUGGAAAACCAGACUACGCUGUGCCCUUAACAAGAGCAAUGAUUUUGAUGAAAUAGUGGAAAGAAGCCAACUGGACAUCUCAGAACCAUACAAAGUCUACAGAAUCAUCCCAGAGGGAACCAAAAAGGGCAUGAAAAUGAGCCGCAUGGAGGAAACGCCAUCACACCCAGUUGGAUACAUUCCACCAUAUACGUCUCUGCACAACCAGGUACCCAGCUUUGUGCUUUCUCCAGAAAGAAGGGACUGGAGGGACUAUCAUACACCGCCUGAACAACAUUCUCUCCAUAACACAAAUCACCAUGGCCAACACACUGACUUGCAGUAUGGUCAGUGCCACUACCAGUCACCAAUCAGUAGAGUUUGGCCUGGUUCACACACUGAAAAUGGUUUUCAGCUCUCAUUCCACACAUACCUUUCAGAGUCUCAGCCACCAAUGUACACGAUGGACCACAACAAUGCCAUAUCAGAUUUCAGCCUGCAUGUAUCCCUUUACUACAGAGAAACAUUGGUGAAGGAAGUCACUGUCAGCAGCCCAGAAGGUUGUCGGAUUACCUCUAACUCGACAUCCUCUCCAUCCUCUUCCUCCUCCUCUUCUCCAUGCCCAGAGGACAGAUUCCACAGUGGUGCGGAAAUCAUUCUUUUUCCAUCCCCCUUCCCUGAAUCUCAGAGGCAAGGAGCUGAGAUGCUUCCCAACAUCCUGGAGAAAGGAGUGCUCCUUUGGAUGACAACUGACGGGCUGUAUGCCAAGCGCAUGUGUCAGGGACGGGUGUACUGGGAAGGACCUCUGGCUCCAUAUGUGGACAAACCCAACAAGCUGGAGAAGGAACAGCCAUGCAAACUGUUUGACACCCAUCAGUUUCUUAUUGAUCUACAAGAUUUUGCCCAUAAUGGUCGUCAUCCUCCACGACACCAGGUGGUGCUUUGCUUUGGAGAUGAAUAUCCAGAUCCACAACGUCCCAGGAAACUUAUUACAGCACAGGUGGAGCCAGUGUUUGCCAAGAAGCUAAUCUACUAUUACCAACAGAAUGCUGGCCACUACCUGCGAGCCUACGAUCACAUUCAGGAACAAAACCCUUCUCCAACAAUUGACUAUCCUUCUCAGAGACCCAUGGAGCAUAUUCAGGAGUGAAAAGCAUGCAAAAAAAGCUACACAAGCACAUAAGCGGGAUGGGUAUAAAUGUGAAUGUAAAGCUGUGAAUUUGUAUCACGCCUAAAGACUGCCGCAUCCAUGUUUACUGUAAAUGAUUUUGAGACUGAGGGGAUGAGAUGGGGAAGACCCUGUAAGAUUUUACAGGUUCGUUUCAAAGACUGGGGAGUAAGUUCAUAUGUUGUUUUUUUUUUUUUUUUUUCUCUUUCUUCUUCUUCAGCAAAUAUUAUUGUGACAGUGUGAAGGAUGCGGUUUGAGGGUGGGGGAGAUGAGCGGAGUGGAGGGCAAUCUGAGACAGGAAGUACUAGCACAGGUGCACAGGAAGAAUGGCCCCUAAGACAAACACUGAUAUGUCUGUGAGAUAAGCCAGUCUGAAUGAAUACUUCUCAUUCACAGGUAACAGUAAAUCUAUAUUUUGGUGAACAGGAUUUGGGGACAAUUUCUGAUUCUACGUUCUUUAUGCAGCUCAUUUACUUUAUAAUCAACAACACUCGACAUACAAGAUAAAGAAAGUAGACAUAAGGCAUGCUUACAGAAAAAAAAAAUGUAUAAUAUUGAUUUGUUCUAAGGCAGAUUUUUGAAGACCCCAAAUUUUGUCUCGAUGUAUGAUAGAAAAAUCUUGUUUAUUCCGGCCCUUUGUUUGACGGUUCUGUUGCUUGUGAAAUAUUGUAUAGUUUAAAAUUUCUUCAAACCGAGUAAUAAAUAUUUUUGAAACUA